UGCCAAAGGGGAAGUGAGUUGGGGCUGGAGCGAUGGCCCGGGUCUGGAGCCCGCGGCCGCCGCCGCCGCCGCCGCCACCAGCGAGACGGGAGCAGGUGCGGCCGCAGCCGGAGCGGGGGCCGGAGUCGCGGCUGGAGUGGAGGCGGCGCGUGUGAGUUGCCGAGAGUCGCCCGGGCCGGAACACCUCGAACUCUGGGUGAGAGCGCUUCAGGUGGGCUGAGCCGCCGUCGCCCCUCCUCACCGCGCCCCCAGGCCCAGACAGCAGGGCUGGGGUCUCCCCAGGCGCGGGACUGGCUCCUCUCAGGCCGAUCCCUCCAGGCCGGGCUCUGGGUCUUCCUCGGCCUCUGGCUUCCUUCAAACUCAGGCCGGAGGCCGGAGGCCAGUGAUCAUCUCAGACUCGGGCAUUUUCUCUGUCGGGGUUGUAGCGGCUGGGAGCCCCCUCCUGCUGCCAGCUAGGGAGGGAGCAGCGCCUUCCCAUCGUCUCGCUCUGCAUCUCCCCCUCUCCUCCCAUUGAAGAACCAGUUUCUUUUUUUCUCUCCAUUGGAAACUCUACCCCGGAAGUCCAAAACACCCAUCUGUGUCCUUACCCAGCUCCUGGAGCACCCUUAGAAAUACUAUAUACUGACCAGGUCUGAGAAUCUCUUGACUUGACUUUUUAUCCUCUUUGGGAGACAGAGGUUCCACCCUCCUCCACGUCCAACACCCCCUUCGGUAACUGACAGUGCAUGCCUAGGGCUUUAUCCAUUUGGAUCACCAGCUUCCUGGCCAUCUUUAUGUGACUUCCCCCACCCAUCUGAGUUAGUUUCCUCUGGGCUCCAGUCUCCAGCCCCCAGCGGAUCUGGUCAGUCCCACUCUUGGGUGGGACUGACCAGAGGGGCUCUGGCCCAGGAUUCCUCACCCUGGAAGGCGGCUCCAAGGCCUCGAGAGAACUGGGCGUCGGGUACGAUCCUGGCAGCUCAGGAGUGGGUGCUCCACUUACCCCACACAAGAAGAUGAAAAAGCGCAAAGAGCUUAAUGCACUGAUCGGCUUGGCUGGGGACAGCCGGAGAAAGAAGCCCAAGAAAGGCUCAGGCCACCGCCUGCUUCGCACCGAGCCUCCUGACUCAGACUCUGAGUCCAGCUCAGAGGAGGAAGAGGAAUUCGGUGUAGCUGGAAAUCGCUCUCGCUUUGUCAAGGGAGACUAUUUACGAUGCUGCAAGAUCUGUUAUCCCCUCUGUGCUUUUGUCAUCCUUGCCGCCUGUGUCGUUGCCUGCGUUGGCUUGGUGUGGAUGCAAGUUGCUCUGAAGGAGGAUCUGGAUGCCCUCAAGGAAAAAUUUAGAACAAUGGAAUCUAAUCAGAAAAGCUCAUUCCAAGAAAUUCCCAAACUUAACGAAGAACUACUCAGCAAACAAAAACAACUUGAGAAGAUUGAAUCUGGAGAGCUGGGAUUGAACAAAGUCUGGAUAAACAUCACAGAAAUGAAUAAGCAGAUUUCUCUGCUGACUUCUGCAGUAAACCACCUCAAAGCCAAUGUCAAGUCAGCUGCAGACUUAAUUAGCCUGCCUGCCACUGUAGAGGGACUUCAGAAGAGUGUAGCUUCCAUUGGCAAUACUUUAAACAGCGUCCAUCUUGCUGUGGAGGCAAUACAGAAGACUGUGGACGAACACAAGAAAACCAUGGAGUUACUGCAGAGUGAUAUGAAUCAGCACGCCUUAAAGGAAACCAGUGGAAGCAACCAGAUCAUUCCAUCACCUUCAGCUACAUCUGAACUUGACAGUGAAACCCAGAGUGAGAAUUUGAAACAGGAUAUCCUGUACCUCCACAACUUUUUAGAGGAGGUAAACAGUGCCCUAGUGGGGUACCAGAGAGAGAAUGAUCUUAAACUCGAGGGGAUGAAUGAGACAGUCAGUAAUCUUACCCAGAGAGUCAACUUGAUAGAAAGAGAUCUGGUUGCUAUGAGCAAGGUAGAAAAGCAAGCGAACCUGUCCUUCAGCAUGAUAAAUGAUAGAGCUGCCACUCUGAAGAGAGAGUCUUUGCAUCAAGUGACCAACAGAACAGAGUCAGUGAAAUCCCAGAGCACAAAGAAAGAAGAUAGUUCAGAUUCUCAGGUAUCCAAGCUCAGAGAGAAACUGCAGCUGAUCAGCGCUCUCACAAACAAACCUGAGAGCAGCAGGCCUCCAGAGACUGCCGAUGAAGAGCAAGUUCAGAGUUUCACAUCAAAGCCAUCAGCAUUGCCAAAAUUCCCACGGUCUCUUGGAGGCCAGAUUGAGAAAGCUGCCCAGCUAAGGCCUGUCUCCCUACCAGGAAUUUCUAGCAUGGAAGAUCUUCAGGAUUUAUUCCAUAAGACUGGGCAGGAUGUGGAUGGGAAGCUGACCUACCAGGAAAUCUGGGACUCCGUACAUUCUACUGUGCCAGAACCGGAGCGUUUGAGGGAGUUUGAUUCUGAUGGAGACGGAAGAUACUCAUUCCUGGAGCUAAGAGUAGCUUUAGGUGUCUAGCCUCAUCAGGCUUAUUUUAGAAAUGGAUGUAUGCCCUGGACUACCUAAUAUCUACUCAGCUAACAAAAACAACCCUUCUACCUACCCAUCAAUCCUCCAGUCCUCCAAACUACAGUAGCAGACACAUUGCCACCUUUUAACUUGUUUGAAAAAGCUAUGUAAACGUUAUUUUCUUAAAAAAGACCAUUUUACUUAUACUAUGAUAUUCAGAAAUCUAUGAUUUCCUUAAACCAGUAGGAUCUUAAUUUUAAAAUUGCCAGAAAAAAAGUCAAGCCCUCUUUUUUUCUCUUUCCUUUUUUUUUGAGGGGAGGAGACCUUAUCUUUUAAAACUGGAAAAUGUGUAUAUAGAGAGAAUAAGCCACCUUUUAUAUUUUGCAUAAAUUUGCCUUAAAUUAGCUGCACUUUAUACAGACUCAGAAAAUGUCUUUCCUUUAACAGAUAGACCUUUUCUGUUUGUAAAUAUUUAAAAUGAAAGAAAGAGUUGGGCGUAUUUUGUGGGAAGUAGGAAGAAUGGUUUGAAACAGGACAUGAACAAAUGACUUGCUGUUAAAAAUUGCUAAUCUGAUCUGGUAGCAGCUUGAAGCUGUGUCCCCAUCUCCUUAAGACAUCCUCUUUGGGUGCUGCCAUGGGGUUUGGCCUGGUGCUGGGGGAGUAGAUUUAGGGAGUGGACACUGUGGGUGUGGGGAUGGUGCUGCCUCCAGGCUCAGGAUUCUGGCUCUGUGGUCUAUCCUCUCAGCUCCUCCCAACCUGUGAACCAGAGAAGUCUGGUUGGGGAUUUUCUCUCUUUUAAUCCUGUUUCAGGGUUUAUGAGCAUAAAAAGUUAUCCAGUGGGAGCUACAUUUCCUCCCUGAGUGAACUAGAUUAUCUUCCCUCACGCAGCCACUCAAGUCUACCUUUAAGCCGUAACUGACUUUCACCUCUGAUACUGUCUCCAUUCUGAAUGGCAGGGCUGCAGUCCCUCGGCCACUGUCUCAGCCUGGCUACUCAGGAACUAUAGAGGAAAGCUCUGCCUCUAAUUUUGAUCCAGGAAACUUCUUGUGAUUUUACCUGGGGCCUAACCAAGAACCUAAUAUGUUCUUCUGUGGGCUGACUAAGGCCAAAAAGGUUGUGAAAUGAAACACCUGAAAUCAUAUUAGGUUUCCUUACAAUUACAGCUGAGAAAUAGCUAGAGGCUUUCUGUCCAGAGGAUGCCAAAUAUGGCAGGCAGGCCUAGGGCGGGGGGCUUCACGUGAUGGCAGCAAAUCUAAUACAAGCCAAGUGCAGUACUUCUCCCAUUAAAUACUUCUGUAGCCCUGCUACUAAAGGUCCCUGAACUGGAAGGAAUUAUUCCUCCAUGUCACCUCUGUGUGUGCUGUGUUGAUCUUAGAAGCAAUCUUCAGGCAACAAAAAGGAAAACUCUGCAAAACUUAACUGUGCUGUAGGCCAAGUCAGGGAGAAACUAGAGAAGCUUUCAGACUUCUUUACUAAAGCUUGUUUCCAUUUUAACUUUGUCCAAGUUGCCCUGUUAGCCAUGGAUGCAGUGGAGCACCCUUAAAUAUUUAAGGGCUGUUUUUUUUCUUUAUAUGAUGUUCAGCUCGGUGUUGGCUAACCUUGGUUUUUUUUUUCUCUAGAAAUAUUAAAAUUUAGUUAAAGUAGGAUGAAGUCUUUUCCCAUGAAUGUGUCUGCUUACCUCAUUAUGGCUUAUGCUUCUCGCUCUAUUUCUCUCUCUCAAACAAUUCCUUUGCCUACCUAUGCUAUUUUACUUUCUUGGAAAGGUUUAAAUAUAGUAUAAAAUUAGCCUGGCACUUUAGGUAACUUGAAGAUAACUUACUCUUCUGGCUGCCUUUCAUGCUCCCCCCCCUUUUAAUA